CACAGCUGUUUUUAUGGUCCUGGAGAAAUGGGCUCGUAACAAUCUCGGACGUAUCUGAAAUAAUACAGGAGGCACGUGCUUCAACUGUUAUGCUAAAUUCGUUCUUUUCUAAGUUUGUCGGACUACAGUGCUAGCGUUCCGAUACUGUUCCGUAUUCCAUGGCUGUAACGUCGGAUCUUUGUGCCCACAGUUACGCACGCCAGCGAUAGAUGAGCGAUAGAACACGACCGGCGGACGCCCUGACGAACUGGCAUCGGAUUCAAGCAGAAACGUUUACAGUUAAACUCCUUUAGCCCAGAAGUUGCCAGCCAUGAAUGACAAAGAAGAGUUCGAUUCCUUCCUGACCAAAGUGGACCAAGUCUCGGCACUGAUCGAGGCGCUCCGCUCCCCUGACUCGGCCACAGUGGAGCAGGCCUCCCGCCAGGCAGACCUCAUCACCCGCGGCCGACUGGCCGAAGGCGCUGUUGACGAAGCGGCAGGGAGCGUCGUAACGGCCGAGAACAGAAACUGCGUCAACCCCCGGCCGGCGGUCGAUCCGGCCACUGUACAGCAGGAGGACUUCAAACGACAGAUGGAGGCGGAUGCCGCGGAACGAGCUGAAAAGAAGAAAAAGGCCAAAAUGCUGUCCGAUACGUGGAAAGAGAAGGCGAUUGCGUCUUUUCGAGCGGGUAAGUACGAUGACGCCCUGGAGAAGUACACUAACGCGAUCACCGAGCUGAAGGACAGCUGCCUGCUGUACACGUCGCGCGCUCAGACGCUGCUGAAGCUGAAGCGGGCGAGGGAGGCGAUGCAGGACCUGGAUCUGGCGCUGCGACUGGACGAGACCAGUCUGCGCGCCUGGAUCCACAAGGGCAAGGCGCACAUCCAGCUCGGGCAGCACGCCGACGCCGUAGAGAGCUUCCAGCAAGCCAUCAAGCUGCAUCCGGACCAGAGAAAAGUGAUACAGGUGUAUAUUGACGAUCUGGAGCGAUCGCGGGUUCGCAACGCUUUCCAGCCAUUAGAAUAGACGUGCCACAGUGUUCAACACCCUGGCCGACGCAUCGCCGUGCCGCAGUGACGAAACGGGAUGCCUUGCAGAGAAUGUGAUAAUGUCAUGAGCCAUGCAGCAUUGCAGCAUGCUUUUCCUUUGCCUCAUUUGAGCUUCAUGAACCCGCAUUCCGCAUGCAUUUCAUACGUGUUCUGCCUCGACAUCUCAAACGUUCACCCAUUGCAAUGUAGGCAUAAGCAUUCACUGCCAAGAGUAUUAUUGUGGCUACAGUUACACAUAUCAACGGUAGCGCCAGCCGCUAUUCAGUGUUCACUAUUGUUGAAGGAAUUUUCCAUUGUUCCAUUGUGUACCCUCACCCCUGCUCGAACAUUAAAGCCUAAACUGUAGAAUUACCUAUUACUAGUUUGUCAAAUACAGUGCAAACUGCAGAGAA